CCAGAUAAUGGAGACAUGGCCGAGAAGAUCUAGUGUUCGCCAAACUGUACACAGGUUCACCUGCUGAACCUUCCCAACUCCACCAUGACCCCCCACUCACCGUGAUGCCCUGACUCUACCAUGCUCAACUGCGGGAGUCUUCACGGCUGCGGGUGUCACAAGAACUCCUCGGACCUGAGCUACUCCUCGGACUCCACGUCCAAGAGCUCCACUGACGACCAAGAUCCCUCCACCAUGAAGAAGCACCAGCACUGCCAGGAUGUGGUUAAGCACAACGGAGUGGGUGCAUUCCUCUCCGCCCUCUCACCCCGCAACCUCUUCCGUGGCUUCAAGAAGAACAACGAGUUCAGUAUGCCGAAGGCUGAGAGAACGAUGAAGGCGGCCAUUCUGAUACAGCAGUGGUACCGGAGAUACUUGGCUAGGAUGGAGGUACGGCGGCGGUAUACCUGGACCAUAUUCCAGAGUAUAGAAUACCAGGGCGAACAAGACCAGGUCAAGUUGUAUAAUUUCUUCAACGCACUUCUAACUCACAUUCCCACCAACUCAGCAUAUCUCCAGAAACCAACCAGCAGCGACGCUACCUCCAAGUCCUCAUCCACAGAUACGACUGUUGAGACCAAGUUUGAGGACGAGUCGCCUAGUGAUUGCAACAGCUCGCCCAACCACCCUGUAGAGAGCAACUACAAGGGCAUCCACCUCGGCAACCCCCUCACUCGCCGCGACCUCGACAAUCUUAUCGAGUCCUUCCGCAAGAAAAAGACACACCGGCUGCAUGCAAAAUACGUGGCGACGAUACUCAAGCAGGCGACGACGCAACUCAAGAAACUUCCCAACCUGAAUGUGGCGUCCACGGCAAUAUCGAAGCAGAUCACAGUCUGUGGAGACCUCCACGGCAAGCUGGACGACCUACUCAUUAUAUUUCACAAGAACGGCCUGCCAUCUGCAGAGAACCCAUACGUGUUCAAUGGUGACUUCGUAGAUCGAGGCAAGAAAGGGCUGGAAGUGUUCCUGCUGCUGCUGUCUGUGCUGCUGGUGUUCCCUGAUGGUGUGUUUCUGAACCGCGGGAACCACGAGGAUCACGUCAUGAACACAAGAUACGGCUUUAUAAGAGAAGUUCGACUCAAAUAUAAGCACAACGCAGAAAGGUUGCUGAAGCUGAUCGAAGGCGUGUACAGAUGGCUACCCCUGGGUACAGUGGUAAACAACAAGGUGUUGAUAGUGCAUGGUGGCAUUUCUGACAUCACCGACUUGGACUGGGUCCGCUCGCUGGACAGGCAGAAGUAUGUGUCACUGCUGAGGCCACCCGUAGUUCCGGAAACGUCAAACGCCGUCGCCACCGAAGCCAUCGACAAGAUGGAGUGGAAGCAGGUAUUCGACAUCCUGUGGAGCGAUCCCCAGGGCACCGAGGGUUGUGUGCCCAACACCUUGCGAGGCGCCGGGACCUACUUCGGCCCUGACGUCACGGACAAGUUCCUCGCCAAGCACAAUCUCAUGUUCAUCAUCCGCUCGCAUGAGUGCAAGAUUGACGGAUACGAGCUCACACACAGCAACAAGGUGGUGACAAUAUUCUCGGCGUCUAACUACUACGAGACUGGGUCCAACAAGGGCGCCUAUAUGAAGCUGGUGGGACCACAACUUGCGCCACACUUUGUGCAGUUCAACACAGCCAAGUCCGUGGCUAAGGCGCUCACCUUCCGCGAGAGGGUGGGGCUGGUGGAGUCCUCGGCCAUCCGUGAGCUCAACUCUAAGAUAGAAGCACAUCGCGAGAAACUUUUAGAGGCCUUCAGAAAGGCAGAUUCCAAUAACACAGGUCUAAUCUCCGUGACAGACUGGUGCACCGUCAUGGAGGCUCGCACAGGCCUCAGCCUGCCCUGGAGGAUGCUGAAGGAGAAGCUGGUCUCUGUGGAUUCUGCAGGCUCGGGCAAGGUCCGCUACAUGACCACCUUCCAGGACAUAGACCACUCCAAGAAAGAGCAUGGUGCUACGGUAGUAGAAACUCUUUACAGGAAUAAAUCAAGCUUAGAAGCAAUCUUCAGGAUCAUCGAUAAAGAUAACUCCGGCUUCAUAUCCUUGGAGGAGUUCAAGGAUGCGUGUGAGCUGCUGGGUGAGCACUUGGAACACCCGCAGGAUGAGGCGCUGGACAUCUGCAAGAGCAUGGACAUCAAUAAAGACGGGCUCGUGGAUCUCAAUGAGUUUCUGGAAACAUUCCGACUGGUUGAUAUGGAGGGCGCGCGUAAGGAGUCGGUGGAUGUCGACUCUGACGAGGACUUGGAUACUGUGAAAGUGGACUAAUGCAGAAGUAGCAGUAGCAUACGAUUAGUGGAAAAUACAUUAUUGACAUCCGAGGUUUUAAACAACAUUUAAAUUAUUGUACUCCUCAAAUCAAUUGGAACAAGUGAUAAUUUGGACAUCUUGUACUGUUGUGCACUGAAAUCUAAUCUAUAUUAUUGAAACAAAUACUUAUACGUAUUGUAAUCUAAUACGAUGGAAACAACGAAUUUAUAAGGUGAUGACAUUUUUGUGCGUGACAUCAAAUCCUUUGCAACAAGACGUUUAACAUUUAGAAUAUGUGAUACGGUUGAUAUCUGUCAGUUUAGUUUAUUGCUAUUCUUGAAGUUAUGAUAUGUAUGCUAAAGAGAUUUUAAAUAUAUUUCUUUCUUGUUUACACUAAGCUCAACUACUAGUCGACUAUUGGGGUUCAAGGAAUGGUGUGCCAAAAGACAUGUAGUUAUUUAAUUAUUCUACUGUAAGUAAUCUAAUUUAAUCUAGGUUAACGCUGGAAAUUUUCCGGGUACUUCGGUUAUAUGUACUGUAUUGUCUAAACAAUCAAUUAAUAAUUCAACUUAUAUGUCUUUUCAACCCGAGUUAUGAAGGUUUCCGAGUGAACUACAUUCUAAUCUACAGUCAAUGUCAUCUUUCACUAAGUAUAUCCUAUUGUUAACACCAACUAUGUAAGUUACAUUAUUUGUUGUAACUUUAAUUGUAUUAGUUACACAGGAGCUAAAUCAUUCAUAUGGACAAAGUGUGCUAAGGUCCAGAUGAUUAGUUAAGUUAGUUCUAAAAGCCGCCGCUAGGGUCGCUCCAUGACCACCGCACGUGCUAGUUCGGUCUCCUUCCAUACCGAGUGACAGCGCUAGUGUCGUGUUCUUAGAAAGCGGACUGUAGUGGCAAUUCUAGUGAAUCGACGCGAAUAGAGGCAUAAACUCACACCAUGAAAGGAGCGAAUAAGAGACGAUAAGUUCACUUCACGGCAGUCUGCACAUGUCAAAAUACCGCCUGUUAUAACAAAGAGGUUUGCUGUGCCUCAAAUUAUAACAUUGAGUGAGCGAGUAGUCUCUUGUGUAACUAGUACAGCAAAGGUUGUACUAUUGGCGAAGUGUUUCAACAUUAUUACCAUUGACUUUCAUUGUAAAUAGAUCUAUAAUGUAAGUAAUACUGUCGUCUUAGUUCCACACUAUCGUUAGAUGUUUAUAUUUUUUUCAUCACGUUUGAAUUGACUGUGAAACAAUUUAAUGGCACAACUUAUUUUCAGUCUUAGACACUUCAUAUUAUUACAUUGACACGAAGCAAGAAAGAGUUUUAAAACUAUGAGCAACUGUAAUUGUUUAAAGAUAACUCUUGUGAUAUUGAUAUAUAUAUAAUUCAUACAAAAACAUACACUGAUAAAAUAUAUGCUUCAUUGAGGAAUAAGGUAAUUGCGUGUUAUGUUUAUUGCUUAUAGUUGUAAUUUGCUAUAAAAACAAUCUUAUAAGAUAAGUAUUAGUAUUAAAUUGUGAUACUUACUUGUCCGUUUUAAGUUAUUGAAAAUAAGAAGAAUUUUAUAUCAGUUUAUUAAAAUCACGUAAAGUUCUUUUUAGAAAAUCCGUCCAAUUGAAAAAGUAGUAUAAAUUUACAGAUGCUCUACUUAUUAAAAACUAUUUAAAUUUAUAUUGUUGAUACAUUUUUAUAGUAAAAACAUAAUUAUUUUAUCUAAUAAUGGAUUACUUUAUACAUGUAACAGAUUUGAACAAUUUUUGCUUCCUUAAAGUUCUGUAUGUUGUUACUUUUACAAAAUUUAAUAUAAAGAUUUGAAAUAUACAACUAUUAUCCAAUAAUUGUACAGUAAUGAAUAAAUGUCAAUAAUACAAGCAAAUAAGUUUCAUGUAGUUUAUAUAUUUUUCAAGUAAAUUUUACACCUUCGGUUAUUUAACUUCUCAUUAUGUGGAUCUUUGGCUUUAUCAUACAAAUUCUAAAUCGUAUCCAUUUAUUUGCAGUGUGAUGUUUAAGAUAGAGAGAAAAUACUAUCAAACUAUGGGCAGAAGAUGUAACGUUACCAUGGCUAGGGACCAUAUCUAAGUGUCUAUCUAGUUCUUAUGUAAAUAAUUUAGAUUAUUUUUACAAAGAGUUUCCAUAUUUAUCGAAGGACUUUAUAAUUUACUGUAGUGUAAUUUGUGCUGUUUAUAAAUAUUGUGUACAUUGUGUGUUCAGUUAUACUGCGUUUAGUGUAAAACGUUAGAUGUAUAUUUUGGUGAAACCCGAAGAUAUAUUUUUAGAAAUAAUUUAUGUGAUUUAAAGUUUACUUAUAAAGUCAAUUUGACUAUUUUGAGUCAUUGAGUUGUUAAUUUUAAUACUUAAGAGUAUUUGUUAUUUGUUAGCCUUUUUAAGAUUUAAUUUUGAUAACAGAAUUUCGAAAUAAGAAUCUAGGAUUGUUUUUCUUGUAUAUAAAAAUCCCAGUGUUUUUAUUGUAUAUAAGUUAAGGAUAGACAGGACAUUGACGCAAGGACAAAACGGGUGCUAUGAGACUAGAGUAAUUUUUAUAGAAUAAAAAUUGAAUUGUUUGUGAACUAGUUAUGCUGUAAUUCAGUAUUUGUACCAGUUAUAUGUAUUGUUUAAAAACACUUGGCAGUACCUUCCAGAUUAUUAAAACUAUAAAUAAAAGUCAUUUUCAAAGAAAUAGUUAACUAACGUGCACUAGAAAUAAAUAAUUUUAAAGACUAUUCUAAAAAUAAAAGGAAAAUAUGAUUUUGAAAUGUCUUAAUAUUUUGAUAUAAUUUAUCAUAUUUGUAUGUAUGUCGUUAAUUAAAUUUAAAUCUAUAUUACAUAAAACUCGGUGAUCCUUAAGGGUUUAGUGAUCUUAUAAAUUGUAAUCAGUAUUUCAUUUAUUCAUUCAUUCAACCAAAUACUAAGUCUACUUCGUUAUCACUUAAAGCCAUAAAUAAUAAAUCACUUUAAUAGAUCAUAUAUUGAUUAAGUGUAUGUCCCAAAAGAUACCUUUAAAAUAGGCAACUUCUGAGUUUUACAGCAGCAAAUAAUAUAAACAUUUAAAUUUAACAGUUAAUAAGUAUUAAAUACGAAAUUGUCAGAUUUAAUUUGCAGUUUUUGCAAAUAACAAUUUUCCAUUGAAGUUUUAUGAGCAAAUGUUAUUUUAAUUUUAAAAGAUUAUUGAAAGGGAAUUUCUAACACUAUUUAAGUAAGUUAAAUUAAAAAUUAUUUAAAAUAUUUAAAAAAGUUAUAAAUAGUUAGAGUAAUUUAUAUUUGCAAAUUUCUCUGUUCGUGUAAUCUCGCUAAGAAACUUAAAAACUGGAAAUUUAAUUUUAAGUUAAAAAUACGGUAUUGUGUUUAAAAUAAAGUUUGUGUUCAAUUGUGUUAAAGAGUUUUUUAAAGCACUGCUAUUAUACUUUCUUAUAUGUUUGGUAUAUGUAUAGCAUAAAUUAUCUGGAACCAUUUAUACACAUGAACAUUUCUGAAACUUAAAUACGUAAUAUCUACCAUAUUAUUUUGUAAAUUUUGAUUCCAAUAUAUAUUCAUAACCAAACAAGUUAACCGUCAUCUUUUUUUUCGAAAAACCACAAUUAUGUAACAAUUUGUAGAAUGGAACAGAAAUUAAGUAAGAGCGCAUUUUCAAGGUAUUUUGGAGCGUCUUCUGAAAUAUUUGAUGUUCACCUCAGUGAUUGUCUAAAAUAAUAAAACUAAAAUCUAAAAGACAUCAGACCAGUGUA